UCAUCACACGGAAACACCACGUCUCCUCUUUACAUGUACGAAAAGCAAUUACUCUAGCACUAGUACACGGCGCAGACGCCACGCAAAGCCCAAGUCCGGCGUCGCCUCCUCCUCCUCCGGCGAUAGGGUUUCCUCCCGAUGGAGCAGCCCUCCACCUCCUCGCCGUCGGCGCCUCUCCCGCGGCGGUCGCCGACGAAGGUCAGGCUGCGGCGCCAGAGGCUGGAGGCGCUCCUGCAGGAGCUCCGCCAGACGCUCGACGGGCUGGGCGACGCCGAUCUCGGCGCCUCGCUCUCCGACGCGGCCGCCGACUCCGAGGCGUCCGAGUACGGGGACAACGAGGGCGGCGACGACGACGGUGACUCGGCGGCUUCGAUGGCGAGCGACUCCGACCGCGCCACGGACCAGAUGUUGGAUCUCCUUAAAUCUAGGUUUGAAUCACCUGAAUUUCUUCAGGAGUUCCAUGAAAUUCAAAAGUCUGUAUGUCAAAAUGGUGCAGUUGAAUUGGAUACAUCAUGGGAUGUAAUAAAGGCGGGAGAUGUGUGGGAAGAUGAUGACGACAACGGAUAUGUUCUUGUUAAGCCAGAGGAUGCAGCUGAAGGGGUAGCUUUCUUUGUAGCCACAUACUUAUCAACACUUACAAAAACCAAGGAAUUAUCUCCUGAUCGACUUCAGAAAGCCCUUAAGAAGACAUUUUCAGCCGAGAAGAGAAAAGGCAAGCUUCGGAAGGCAUGGGAUGGGACAAAAAACAUUUAUAAUGUAGCUUCAUGGGGUGCUACAGCUGUUGGUGCACAUUUUUCAUGCUCACAGCAUCUACAAUAAUCAAGCAAUUAUAAAGGUAGCAGGCACAGCCAUUCAGAUGUCCUGGCGUGUGGUGUCCAAGUUCCUGUGAAUGAUGGGUGGUGGUAAUUGUUGUAACUGGCGUGCUACAGUUAGUUAGGUAAAGGAUACUGCAUUGGUUGGAAAUAUCUGAGCAGGGAUACUGCCGAUUGAAAAAUUGAGGUCUAGAGUUUAGGUCUAUUGGGAUGCUUGAAGGAUUGAGGCUUAGCAUUUAGGUUUGUUGAUUGAAGGCUCGGAAGCCCAUUUAAAUAAAUUUCGUUGGUGCCAGAAUGUAAAUAGGCCAUUCAUUUGGCUGCGUGAAGCAACUGAAUCUCAUCAUAUGUAUCCCCAAAAUGUAUAUAUGCCAUUCAUGUCAACAACAUUGCAUUGUGCCAGAAUAAACUUUGUGAAUCAACUGCACCAAA